UAAUGUUAUAACCAUUCAAGCAAAACAAAAACUUGUAAACAAGAACAAUGAGUUCAAAGAAGCUAACUUGUGUCUGCAUAGCUUUCUUUUUGGUUUUAUGUGCAAGUGUUCGGUUGGAAGCUCAGCUUCAAGUGGGGUUUUACACAAGUUCAUGUGCCAUAGCUGAGUUUGUUGUCAAAGAUGAGGUUAGGAAAGCGUACAUGAGUGAUAUGGGACUGGCUGCUGGUCUAGUCAGAAUGCACUUUCAUGAUUGUUUUGUUAGGGGUUGUGAUGGAUCAGUUCUCAUCGACUCAACUACAUCAAACACAGCAGAGAAAGAUGCUCCGGCCAAUAAUCCUAGCCUUCGAGGGUUUGAAACCAUCGAUAAUGCAAAGGCUAGGCUUGAAACUCUCUGUCCAGGAAAAGUAUCCUGUGCAGAUAUAGUUGCUUUUGCUGCAAGAGAUAGCGUCGAGAUGGCUGGAGGACUUGGCUAUGAUGUUCCUGCUGGAAGAAGAGAUGGCAGAGUUUCGUUAGCUUCCGAAGCAAAUACGAAUCUACCUUCUCCUGCAUCUAACGUCAACCAACUCACCCAAAUCUUUGGUAACAAGGGACUAACACAAGAAGAAAUGGUUACACUCUCCGGAGCACACACUAUAGGUCGUGCUCACUGCACGUCCUUUAGCCCCAGACUAUACAAUUUCAACACAACAACAAACCAGGAUCCGACUCUGGAUUCCCAAUAUGCAUCCCAGCUUAAGCAGAAGUGCCCUCAGGGCAGCACAAACACUAACUUGGUGGUCCCAAUGGACCCCUCCAGCCCGAACGUAAUGGAUGUAGGCUACUACAAUGAUAUUUUGGCUAACCGAGGUUUAUUCACUUCAGACCAGACUCUCCUGACAAACUCAGCUACAGCGAACCAAGUUAAUCAAAAUGCAAUGAACACCUUUGUUUGGGGAAGCAAAUUUGCUGCUGCUAUGGUGAAGAUGGGUCAAAUUGGGGUUUUAACGGGUGGUGCUGGAGAGGUUCGAUUGAAUUGUAGGAAGAUCAACUAAAGAGAGGAAUGAU